AUGCGUGGACAGUGUGAUUCUAGUAUGUUUUCACGUUUACCUUGUGUUGACAAUGGACCAGCAACUUUACCUGAAACGGAUAACUUUCGGCAACAACUAGUGGAAACAUGUGGUACUGAUUAUGAACAAGUUCCUGUUUGCUGUGAUGAACAACAGUUCAACGAUUUAGUAACUCAAGUAAAACGAGCUGAACCCAUGAUUUCAUCCUGUCCUGCCUGUUGGAAAAACUUUAUGCAAUUCUGGUGUUCUUUUACUUGUUCUCCUAAUCAAUCUACUUUUGUCAAUAUCACCAAUAGUUAUAACAAAAAUGGACAUGCCAUAGUGGAUCAAGCGGAUUAUUGGGUUGGUGAACAGUAUGGGGCUCCAUUUUUUGAUAGUUGCAAGGAUGUCAAAUUCGGAUCAAGCAAUGGUUAUGCCAUGGAUUUUAUAGGUGGGGGUGCGACUAAUUGGCAAGAUAUGGUCAAAUUUAUGGGCAAGAAACAACUCCUUGGUAGUCCUUUUCAAAUUGAUUUUCCUUCUUUAGAGGCAACACCUCGUGAUGGUCUGACAAGAUAUGACGACAAAGGUGAAUCUUGUGGUGGUGAUGGUCCCUACCGAUGUGCAUGUGUGGAUUGUCAAGAUGCAUGUCCUAUGCUUCCUCCAACCGAACGUGAAUCUCCCGAAUGUUAUGUUGGUUUAUUACGAUGCUGGACUUUUGCUAUGAUAACUUCUUAUGCUUCUAUUCUUAUAUUGGUUUUUAUUUGGUUUUUAUCACGACAACGUUGGAUGAUGACUUGGAUUCAACAAUACUGGUGGCAAGAUGAACAUGAUGCUGCAAGAGGCGCUUAUGAACCUCUUGCUCUCACAGAAGAUCAAUACAACAACAACAACAACAAUAACAAUGAUGAUGAUGAUGAUGAUGAUGUUGAUGACAAUCGUGAAGAAAAUUUAUUGGAUCCUGAUCAUACUCCUCGUCGGUAUUGGAUGAAUACUCGUAUUCAAAAUUGGUUCUACUAUCAAGGUUUAUUCUGUGCUCGUUAUCCUUGGUUAGUAAUUUGUUCUGGUCUGGUAUUUAUCACUUUAUUAUCAGCUGGUUGGUCUCGUUUCUCUCUAGAACGGGAUCCAGUGAAUCUAUGGGUCUCUCCUACAUCUGAAGCAUUGGCUCAAAAGAAUCAUUUUGAUGAACAUUUCUCUCCAUUUUACCGUACAACUCAACUCUUUUUGGUCAGUGAAGAUGAAUCUAAACCUUUCUUAUCCACCUCUCGAUUGGAACAUUUGUUUGCCUUACAAGAAGAAAUCAAGACAAUGAAUUCAAAUGAACUUGGUAUCUCACUUCAAGAUGUAUGUUUCCAUCCUACUGGUGACGCCUGCAUUGUACAAUCGAUUACUGGUUACUGGCAAGAUGAUAUCAACAAUUUUGAUCCUGAUAAUUGGCGUGAAGACUUAGAACAAUGUAUAUUUGACCCAACGAGCUGCCUUCCUGAAUCUUUGCAACCUCUCAAACCUCAAAUGAUUCUUGGUGGAUACAGUACUGACAAGAACGAUAUUCAUUAUAUCGACGCCAAGGCUGUUGUGGUGACUUUUGUAUUACGAAAUUCUUUGGAUCCUAUUGAAACUGACAAGGCACAAGAUUGGGAAGUGUCAUUAUUAUCCAAUAUCUUAUCUAAGGUCAAUGAUCGUCCAGAAUGGGAAGGUGUUCGUAUUACCUAUUCAACUGAAAGCUCUUUAGAAAUUGAAUUGAAUCAAUCUAGUAAUACAGAUGGGAAAACGGUGGCUAUCAGUUAUUUAGUGAUGUUUUUGUAUGCAUCAAUAGCACUUGGAAGAUUGACAACAUGGCAACCUCGUAGACUUAUGGUGGAAUCCAAAUUUAGUCUUGGUAUAUGUGGGAUCUUGAUUGUGAUCUUCUCGGUCUCAGCGGCGGUAGGAUUAUUCUCUUUGACUGGACGCAAGACAACAUUGAUUAUUGCUGAAGUGAUUCCUUUCUUGGUGCUUGCCGUUGGGGUGGAUAAUAUCUUUAUUUUGUGUCAUGAAUUUGAUCGUCGUCGUGGUCUUGUGGAAAAGGAAAAUCAACAAAUUCAACAUGGUGAUAAUGGUGGUGGUGAAUCAAUGGAAGAAAGCGCUGCCAAAACACUUGGAAAAAUGGGACCUAGUAUCUUACUCAGUUCUUUGAGUGAAACUCUUGCCUUUGGUUUAGGAACAUUAGUCAGUAUGCCUGCUGUCAGUAGUUUCGCUUUUGUUGCUGCUACUGCUGUUUUUGUGGACUUUUUACUUCAGGUGACUUGCUUUGUUUCUUGUAUGGUAUUAGAUGCCAAACGAACUGAGGCCAACCGAAUUGAUUGCUUUCCUUGUAUUCGACUCAAUGUAUCAAAUAAGAAGACUGAACAAGAAGGAUGGUUUGAAACUUGCUGGCGUCGUGGGUUUGUUCCUGUGGUUCUUGAUCAGAAGACCCGUAUUGUCACCUGUUUGAUAUUUCUUGGUCUAUUUAUGUUCAAUCUUUCAAGGGUACCACAAGUGGCUUUGGGACUGGAUCAACGUUUAGCUUUACCAACUGACUCAUAUUUGGUACCAUAUUUCAAUGAUUUGGAUGAUUAUUUCAAUGUGGGUCCACCUGUGUAUUUUGUAGUCAGCGGUGCAAAUUUGACGGAAAGAUCAAGACAAAAACAAAUCUGUGGUAGGCUUCCUGGAUGUGAUGAACGAUCUCUAGCAACGAUUUUGGAACAAGAAAGAAAACGACCUCAAGUUUCUUAUAUUGGUGAACCUACAAGUGUUUGGUUGGAUGAUUACUUUUUAUGGAUGAACCCCAACUUUGAAUGUUGUCAAUUAAAGAAACAAAAAAAUAAUCAUCAGUCAAGAGAUCGAUUUUCAAGAAGAUCAACAUUACCUUUUGAAGUAGCAAAAACCAAGAAAGAUAUGGAACUAUGUGGGGAUUUUGAUACGGAUUGCCAAGCCUGUUUCCCCGAUUGGUCAAUAGCGGACAUGACAACGUUACCAGAAGGACAAGAAUUUUUAGACUUUUUGGAUAUAUGGAUCAAUAUGGCACCAAGUGAAGAAUGUCCAUUAGGUGGAAAAGCUGGGUAUGGGGAUGCUAUUGUAGUCUCCAAAGGUCAAAAUGUGGGUACGAUAGAAACAUCACAUUUCCGUACGUUUCACACACCAUUGAAGAAUCAAGAUGACUUUAUUCAAGCGUAUGCAUCUGCCAAGCGAAUUGCCAAGGAUAUUGGGAACUCGAUGGAUCUUCAAGUAUAUGCGUAUUCGGUAUUUUACAUCUUCUUUGAACAAUAUGAACAAAUUACUUCGAUGGCAGUGGAACUCUUAGGGUUGGCAAUGGUGGCCAUUUUUGUGAUUACAAGUGCUCUCUUGGGAAGUUUACGAUCUGGGACAAUAGUGAUGGCUGUAGUAUCUAUGAUUCUAUUUAAUGUGGUUGGUACUAUGUCGAUCUGGGGGAUCAGUCUGAAUGCUGUUAGUUUGGUGAAUCUUGUGAUCUGUGUUGGUAUUAGUGUGGAAUUCUGUUGUCAUAUUGCUCGUGCAUUUAUGGUAUCUUCUGGUACAAAGGAAGAAAGAGCCGCAAAAAGUUUGGUGGAUGUCGGUAGCUCGGUAAGUUCCCUUUAA